CUUCCCCCCACGCCCCCAAUUCUUCAGCCUUUUGCUGAAACCGCCGCCCUAUUCCCAACCAAGUCGCUGCAACCUCGCCCGCCCAGGCCAAGCGACACCUUACUUAGGACCUUUCUGAUCGCUGCCUUGUUGCCCGCGGGCAGGUUAUAGAUCCGUUCCCCCUGUUCUGGGCACGCAGGAGCUUGGGGCGGGGGCGGGGGGUGAUGGAGGGUUUUGAUUAGGAAAAUGACACAAAGGAAACAGCAGUAACAGCCGGUUCUGGAACUCGAGCACGGAUCCCCUGGCCUAAGCUGUAGCUCCGGAUUCUGGACGUGAGGCAUGGGCUGCAGCGGCUGAUGAGCAGUGGCAUCGCACUGGUGGUCAUUGGCCACUUGAAUUUGGUGCUGGGUGCCAUUGUGCACGGCUCUGUCCUGCGCCACGUGGCCCGGCCAGACCACACGAUCACUUCUGAGUAUGCUGUGGCCAACGUCAUUGCUGUGGUCUCUGGUUUUUUGAGCAUUGCUACAGGCAUUGUGGCUAUUUUGGUGUCCCGGAACCUCUCCCACCGCCCUCUGUCUUGGACCUUGUUUGUGGUUUCUCUGGCAAAUACCUUGAUCUCAGGAGCCUGCUGUGUGGGACUGGCAGUCGCCGUCUCUCUCACCAUUGCCAAUGGUGGUCGCCGCCUCCUUGCUGGAUGCAACAGUACUGCGCUUCCAGCGAAUGGCCACAUUAUAACCGAGUGCCCUUUUGACACCACCCGCAUCUAUGAUACAGCUCUUGUCCUUUGGCUUGCCUCCUUGAUAAUGGCAGCCGUGGAGGCAGGCCUCUCGGCCUGGUGCUGCAUAGCCUCGGUUUCCCUUCGUGGAAUCGGUCCCUUCGCUGCUUGCUACAAAGUGGUACCGCUGCAGGAGACAGUCCCACGGGAGGAGGCUGCUGAGGAAGGCAAAGGCGAGCCUCAUCGCCAGCUGCUGGUUGAAGUGGCCGAGGGACACAUCUAGGAAAGAGGUGGAUGCUUAGGAGACCAGAACCAUGGUCAGGGAGGGCUCCAAUAGACUUGUGUUCAAGGCAUGGCCGACCGGGCUACUUCCUAACCUUGCCUUACUCCAGGGGGGUCUUUCUGCUAGACUAGAGGAGGAGGAGGGGAGGUCAAGGUUUUCAAAGGCUGUUUGCAAAGACAUGAGGAAGCCAUUUUUCCAGAGUCGGCCAACCCACAGCCCAGCCACUCAAAGAAGAGGAUUCCUAAAGCAGAUACCUGCAGGGUUCUGGAUGCAAACUUUAAAAAAAAAUGCAUACCAAGAAGAUAAACCGUCUUAAGGCUGUAGAUGACAAGAAAUCAGAUCUAUAGGGUAAUGCCAGCCCCCAGUCUCCUCCCUUUGCACUAUAAAAUUUUAAAUUACCAGGAUACCCAAUUGUGUAGGGUUGUCUUUCCCCACCACUGAACCUCAGCUAGCCCUUGUGUAUCUGGAACAAGAGGAAGGGUCAAGCCAGACGUGUGGCCCAGAACAGCAUACAAGCUUUCCAGUUCUUUAUUACUUUUUAUUAGUCGAGAAGCUAAAAAAAUGCUUUCCUAUGUUAAAAGCUCCCUUCAAGUUGAACUCUAUUGUUGUAGAAGACAGGGUGGGUAGAAAUUCACUCCAUACUGUCUUUUCUGCUUGCAAGAUUUGUGUGUUAGUAUUCAAGAGUGAUAUGCCCCAUUCUAUCACCUCAUUCAGCUGCCACAACCGUAAUAUAAUCAUUAUGUAUUAAUAUGAUUAAGUUAUAAAUUAUAUUAAUGAUUUUAUCCCGACCUCCAAAGAGCUCCUCUUACCUUUACCCAGAAUAGGAUAGAGAGGCCAUAACAUUCAAAGCCUCCCAAACUAGGGGACUAUGAAGAUACUCAUAGUAUCAUUCUACAUAUGUUUCCUUAAAAGUAAGGCCUACUUUGUUCAAUGGGACACUCUCUGAUAAGCAUGUAUAGGACAGAAGACAAAGCAAUACACUUUGUAAAUGUGUAGCUGAGUUAGAAGAAAUCUGAAAUUCUCAGCAUUACUGGCCCCAGUCAAGAGCUCUGCAGGGGAAAAGGAUGAGCCAAGUGCCUUUCUUUCCUCUGCCAUGUGCUGGAGAGAGAGUGGGGAGGCAGAGAUGGAAGGAACGGGCACUCCGGCUUCCCACUGCAGGAGGCCAAAGGGAGGCUACAAGCCAAGGCUGCUGGCUGUCUCAGAGCAGGCUUAGCUCAGAGCCUGCAGCUUAGCUGAGAAUAUGGCCUAGGCCCCCCUGCCUUGUAUCAGGGUGAGACCAAGAAGGUGGGGUGGGAGUAAAAGGCUCUCAGGCUUCCCGUGCAGCAGCCAGCCAGCUGGCAGUUUUGGGACACUUCUCUUUGCAGCUGAGUCGAAGUCUGCAUGCUCUGUACUUCUGCCUUCUGGUUCUUGAUCUUUCCUCAGCAUGGGUCACAACAGGUCAGGUGACAGCGAAAGAUGAUGUAGGCACCCCGAGGAAAACAAGUUGCCCAGAGAGAGGAGAGAAUAAAACCACCAUCCCACUGUGACCAGCUUGCUCUUGUCUCAGAUGGCUGCCAUAGUAGUGGUUUUACUUUGUCUUCUCUAUGACCAGUUUGCUCUCAAUUUGUUGAGAUGAGAGCAGAGAGGAUGCAGAAGAGGGGGAAGGGGCAGUUGGAUGGAACGGGUCUUAUACUUCUAGCCCGAGCAUGGAGCCCACAGCUCAGGGAGGCUUGCAGCUGACUCAUCCUCCAGUCUCUCCAGUGGCAGCUGUUUCAAGGUGCGAACCACCUGCCAACCACAAGCUGUACUGGGCAGUGGCAGUCAGAAGAGGCUCAGGUCUGACCAAAGAGUCAGACAUGGCUCCCAAGUCACUGAUUGUUGGUUUCAACCAUAGUAAACAUAAGCCCUGUGGGCUGCCUAACAAUACUUGGAGCAGCUAGGGUAAGCGUGGCAGGUUCCUUGCCCCACAAAAGACAAGAACCAGAAUUGUACAGAGAAUAUGUUUAAUUAACGGAGAAUACAUUCCUAAGGAGGGGCCCCUUCCUGGAAGGGAACAGUCUCUGGCAGAGGUGGAGUAGGACACCCUGGCUCACUGGAAGGAAAAGCUGCUGCUGGGGAGUCCUCCACACCACUGGUUGAUGAACUUGAGGACAUCCUGGCAGGUGGGACUGUGCGACAUCUGCAAGGGAAGCAAGAAAAAAGCGGGGCAAACGAGAGAGUUGGCCAGGCCAGCACCCUGUGGUAUGCUGUUGUAGGCUGUGUGGACACAGUACAGGGACCCAGCUUUGUCCUUCCUGCCCUGCUUCAUUGCUUUCUGCAGCCUGCCCACCUUCCCCUCCAAUCCACCCUCACCUUGACGGCCAUCAGAAACUUGUUCCAACUUUCCUUGUUGGCCUCCAUGCCGGGCCGUUUGAAUUCCACCUUGUUCCUCAGCACAGGGUAGCCUGGAAAUGGGGAAGGGGAGAUUCAGGACUGCUGAUGCCCACUUGCUUCUCCUGAGGUAGAGGCCUGACCUCCAGGAGCUGAGGAGAAGAUGCUCUCCUCUCCUUUCUGGCUGGGAUGGAGGCAAGACUUUCCUUAUGUGCUGGUUAUGCUGGGCGCAUGACUGAGCCUGCGACCCUAUGCAAGUUUGCUGGAGACCAAAUAGUCACAGUUGCCAGCAGCUAGAAGGAAAACGGUGUAGGGCCUAGCAGCUACGAGCAAAUUCUUCUAGACUAGCCUCAUCUCCUCCUUUGAUGAGGAUGAGCAGUUAGCAAAUGCUGGUUAUGUCUUUAAAACUUUCUUCUCCAUCUGUAGCUCAUACCAAAUACCUAAAGUGGGUCUUCAACAAGGACUCUGAUCAAGUCCAAAAUAUUAUCUGCUAAGGAGGGCUCUCAGUUAAAAGAAAACUUAGUGGACUUGUGUUCUGCAGUUGGUUUGUGUAUUGAUUAAAUGUGUACACUUGCACUCAGCUUAUAGCAAGGAAGGGCAGGGACCUAAGCGGCAGAGAGGAGACACCUCAGGUCUCUUUGCUCGAGGGGCAGGAUGACGCACCCGCAUUUGGCUCUGCCUAUACACAAAUUCAGAAAGUACCAUUUACAUAGAGAAAGAGAAUGCCUGUUCCAAGGGCGAUUUUUAACCCUGAAAUAAAUGUGUGGUGUAUUUUAAAUUAA